AGCUAAAUGUGGAAGAAGCACAGGAGAACGGGAGAGGUCAAGGGGCUCGUGAGAGGGGGAGUGGAGAGUAGAGGAUCAGCAGGGAGCUUGCACAGCCCAAAAGAAAGUGGAUUAUUAAGGGAUAAGAGUUUGGGGGCUCAAAACACAGGUAUAGCAAGCAGGAUGAUGGUAAGAGAAACCUGGAAGGAAAGAAAGACGUAGCAUAAAAAUGAUGCUGGCAUUUAAUAUUUCAGAGUUCUCAGUCCCAGAGAAAACAAAACAAAACAAAACACCCCAGGGUAUGGCAGAGUAGAGGGCACUGGAGUUUGGGGGACAUGAGUCCCAUGUGUUCAGAGGGUUGUCUCUGUGGAUGAUGGGACCUCCCAGGAUGGUUUGGGUGGCAGAGCGGAUGUCUGCGGAGCAGGGGCCAAUCCUUGGGAAAUGCCGCAGAGAAACUCGGGAGGAUGAGGAGGGAAGAGGGCGGUGGGGAGACCGGCGGGUUUCAGUGGUGGAGGGUGGAGAGGAAUGGGCUGCAGCACAGACCCAGGUCCCAGCUAUGAAGUUCCCAAGGCAGGAGAGAAACAACCGCCACAAAAAGUACAAAAAGCCAGUGUUUCAGGGCAGGAGGAAGCAGUGAGGCUGAGACAACGGUGGAAGGAGAGGAAUGGGUUGGCAGGGCCUCAGCAGUAGAAGGAGAAAGUUUGAGGGAUGCUUGGGGAUUCUAGGAAUGGGGAAGGACACAAAGGGAAAGCUGAGAGAGAGAGAGAGUGAGGGGGACAGAGGGAGGGAAAAGAUGCAGGCAACAGCUGGUCUCCAGAUUUGGUGUUGAAGACAUCCGCAGGACAGGGUUGGGACGCCUCAGGAUGCCAGCAGGUGUCACUCUGAGUCCCAGGUGGGUCCAACAGAGCUGCUCCACUGCCUUGGUCUCUCUGGGGGUUGGUCUUAGAGCACACAAAGAAGGAUGGCAGGGGGGAGAGAUGCCCUCUAUGGUUGGCACCCUGACAUGUUCUGUUUCCCUACAGGUCUGCACUCUAAAGCCCAAACCGUAGCCAGGGGAUCCUCCCAAAAAACUGAGGAGAAGUAUGAGAACAUUGGGAUUAAAAGACAACAAACAGACCCCAAGCUGCAGCCUAAGCUGGAGCCCAAGGAUGAAGCCCAGGACAACAGCGGCGUCCUCUAUGCCUCCCUCUCCCUCUCCAGCUCCUCAUCACCAGUACCACCUCCCUGCAUCCCUCCCCAGAAGGAGACCCUAUACUCUCUCAUAAAGGCCUGAUGAGUGGGACUGGAGGAUGACCUCCUUGACUAAGCUGCCCAGCGGGUCACAGCUUUGAUAAUAACGCCAGCCAGACACAGAAGGCUCAGAGCCAGUGGUGUGGAAGGCCACCAAGGACCUCAGAGAAACAGAGCCAUCUGCUCCAAUUCCCUCUCCACCUUCCCAGCCUUUGCCCAGAAGAAUAAAAGUACCCGCAGAAUCUGCCCGAAGGCAUCUAAGGAGAAAACUGAUGGCAUCUUCCACUUCUGUCUUUUCCUUCUCACCAAAAAUGAACUAUACUAAAGAGCUCACGCUGAGAUCCCUCCCCCAGUACUGGAGUUUGGUGACUGCCUCUGGGGACCAAUAAGCCUGAAAGCUGGUAGCCAGCCCAGAACCCAGGGUCUGCCCCUCCUCUACCCGUUCUCCUUCCCCGACCAUCAGAACGAGCAUGUGUCCAGCGCACCACCUCAUUUAAGCAUCUCCAACAAGCUGACCCGGGACUGGAUGCACUCACCUGGAGCGUGAAGAGAACCACAAUGGUUAGCGCUUUUCUCCAGGCCACGCACCUAGUAAGUGGCUGAGCUGGGUCUGAACCCAGACCGGCCCUUCCCGACAGCCUUCUCCCAGGACUCCGGUGUCCCAGCCUUCCCAGAUCCCCAUGCUGUGCCAGCCUCGCAUAGAAACGGGCGUUCCACAGGAGCGGAGGGGAGGGAGGGAAGCUGCAGGGAAGCAUGUGGUUAGAGACCAACUACAGAAAGCUGGAAAGAUGUAAACUGUUUUAUUAACUUGUAAACCACACAGCUGGGACAUUAGCCAGUUAACCUGUAGCCAGUGAACAAGCCCCACAUGUAGCAGCUUCUCAGAGACCCUCUGAGGGUCUCUCCCUGCUGCUGGCAGGGAAGGGGGUGAGAGAGCAGCAGGGAGGCAGGUGCGCACAGCUAUUCCUCGAAGAAGGCCAAGGUGAACUCGCCGGCCGCAUCUCCACACCGUGGCUCCUCCAGCUGUUCCAGCUCUUCUCCAGCAUCUUCCAGGAGUUGCUCCAGGUCCAGGUCACUGGAGGCUUCAUCGUCAGGGGGCAUACUUCCAGCCUCCUGAGGACACUUCCAGCCUUCUUUCCCCACCACAGGACAGGCCCCGCGAUGAGCUGAUGGGGUCAGGUCCUUGGGCACCAUUCUAGCUUCUUUGUCCUCAGACAAGCUGGUUCCUGAGGCUUUGCUUUGGGGAGCUUUAAAUUUUUUCUUAGGGCCUGGGUGAAAAAGUGAUGAAACUGAGAGUCCUAUUAGGCCAUUUGGACUUACCUUUUACAAGUCAAAUUCCUCAAUUCCUAUUUCCAAAAAAGUCUCUGGGAAAAAUGACCUUUCUCAAUAGAAAAAAGGGGAGGGGGGCUUUGGAGUUAGAAAGACCUGGAUACAAGCCAUGAACCUAGCCAUAUGCUAGUCAUGGGUCUUGAGUAAAUUUUAAACCCUUUGGGCCUUAGUCUCUAAAACGGCAACUGUUCAGUCAUAGAGAUACUGAAAGAAUUAAAGGGAACCAGCAAGGAGUCUCUAUCUACCCAGCUCACAGAAGUACCCAAUAAAUGUCAGUUCCCCCUUCCUCACCAUUCUUCUGUCCUUGGAUCAAAUCACUUCAAUAACCAUUAUGUUUCUACAGUGUGUACAACACUGUAAUCUGAGAUGCCUAACUUUUGUCCUUUUUUUAAAAAAAAGAUUUUAUUCAUUCAUUGGAGAGAGACAGACAGCCAGAGAGAGCACAAGCAGGGGGAGAGGGAGAGGGAGAGGGAGAGGGAGAGGGAGAAGCAGACUCCCCGCUGAGCUGGGAACCCGACGAGGGGCUCGAUACCAGGACCUGAGCUGAAGGCAGACGCUUAAUCUCUGAGCCACCCAGGCACCCUUAAUUUUUGUUCUUUUUAAAAGUGAUGAGAAGCUAUAAAGUUAAAUAAUGAUCCAGGGAGGCGAGACACAGACUUGAAUCUCAUUUCCCAUAGUUUUGCCCAGGCCCUGAGCCUUACCUGGCUGGUCAGGCUCCGAUUUUCCAUGCCCUUCUUUCCUUCCUAUUAUGGGUACGGGAGGAACUGCAGAUUUGUUUCCCAGAGAUCUCUUCGUUGUCUUCUUUUGCAGGGUCCCAUCUCGUCCAUCUGCUAAGCCUGCAUCACCCCCACCCCCCAACCAUUAGGGACAUUUGUUUAUUUCUCUCUAAAUGACAGCUCAGCAAGGGUCCAUAGACUCCCCACAGUCUCUGCCCUUCAUCCUCUGCUUAUUCUCCAUCUAGAGAGUUCUCUCGUUUCCUUCCUUUUUCCCAAAUAUUUUUCUUUCUUUCUUUCUUUCUUUCUUUCUUUCUUUCUUUCUCUCUCUGACCCCUCUUUUUUGUCCUGGACCUUCUUCAUUAUGUUUUUCCUCAUAGCCUGUCUCUUCCAGGAAGUCAUCCUUCUUGGCUAAGAAUUUAAGACAUUCAUUCCACCUUUAAUGUAAGAUUUUGUAAUCAGAAUACAGAAGUGCGGAGGCUACGGCUACCCUGAUGACACUAGUAGGAAUCUUCACCAUUUUUGCGGAUUUUAGAGCUGAGACAGUCAGUAAGAUCCCGUGACCUGCAGACCCCUCCCACUGUCUGCCUCUGCUCUGCCUUAAUGGUAGCCCAUACCUGUUCCCAGCUGGCUUGCUUACCUCUUGCCUUGGGUUUUUUUGUCUGAAUUUUGGCUGGCUUAGGACUGGGCAAAGUCGGGUCCUAAGAAUGGAAGAGAAAAAUAAAAUGUAAAUGAACUCAUCUAAUUGUGUUUUUAAUAGAGUGGGAUGCUACAGAAAUGAUGCAUGGCUAGGGGAGUCACACUAGGUUCUGUAGCCUGAUACUGUUUAAAUCAAUGACAGCAGAGAUAAAACUGUUCUCUUUUCCAUUCUAUUUGGUAUUAGUCAGUACAAGGCUUUAUGCACAAAAGAAAGAAAUAAAGUUAGGUCAUGAACAUGAUAAAAAAAAAUGUUAAAUUAAAAAUAAAAAAAAUAACUAGACUCUUAGUGUUAAUCACUUCAUAGUGCACAUAGUAUCGAAUUACAAUAUUGUACCCCUGAAACCUACAUAUGUUAUAGACCAAUUUUGCCUCAAUAAAAAAAUAAUUAAAAGAGAAAGUAAAAAAUCUA